AUGACAUCGCCGCGGUGCGGCGGCACACCCCUCCACAGAGACGACAACCGCUCUGUGAACAUCGCAACAAGGCGACGGCGUGCCGCUUCCCCGACAGAGAUGACAGGCCUUUUCUCCUCUCUUCGAUCGGCAUCGGUCAAGCGGAUCCGUUGUGCGCCGGCUGCACACAUGGCCCACCACCGCCGCGGCGACGAGGACGACCGCAGGCCUGGAGCGGCCUACCAGGCGUUUGUGGCUAUGGAGCAACUGUUGGACAAGCUGCACAUUUUGAACUACCAAGACGAAGUCCUGGCUAAACACAACAUGAGGAACUUGUCCAGGCAUUACUUUGUGUCCAGUCCCUAUCUGGAGUCCAACCCGGGCGAGCAGUUCUACAUGUUCACCAUCAUAGCGGCGUGGCUCAUCAACGCAGCGGGGAGGCCGUUCGACGAACGCGUGGAGUACGGCGAACCCAGCGCCACCAUGUCGGACAUUCUCGCCGAGCUUCGAGCGUUCGGCGUGCGGGUGGACUUCCCGCCCUCCAAACUCUUGUCGGGUUCGGGCGAGUACGUGUGUUUCGUGUUGGACAGGCUAGCCGAGGAGGCGCUCAAGAAAAGAGGCUUCUCCUUCAAGAGCCCGAAGUACCCGACGGAAGACUCGGAAGAACCGUUUGCGGUGGAAGAAGACAUCGAACCUAACGUCGACGAGGAGGCGAUCGAGGAGCCGGAGGACGAGGACGAGGAGCACGCCCUGGACCUGGAGGCCUUAAAAUUGCGAUGCGCUCACCCCGAAGCCAAGGCCUCCUGUGUCAACACGGAGAUCUUGCAGUCCAUGGUGGACGCGGCGGAAUGGUACCUGGAAGUGGAGAGAGUCCUCCCGCAACUCAGAGUCACCGUCAAGAACGACAAGGACUGGAGGAUCCACGUGGAGCAGAUGCACCGGCACCGGGACGGCAUCUCGUCCUCGUUCAAAGAGGCCAAAGGCUACCUGGAGAAGCUUCAGGUGGACAUCGGGAAGACAUUGGAGAAGGUCCGCAGCCGGGAGAAGUACAUCAAUAACCAGCUGGAGCACUUGAUCCAGGAGUACCGCAGCGCUCAGGCGCAACUGGGCCAGGUCAAGGAACAGUACCGGCGGGCCAGCGAGGGGCUGACGGAGAAGGCGCGCGUCCUGGCCGAGAUGGACGACGAGCUGAAGCGGGUGAAGCAGGAGACGGAGGAGCGGAGCAGCAGCAUGUCGGACGGAGCGCCGCUCGUCAACAUCAAGCGCUGCAUGGCCAACCAGAAGCAGGAGAUGGUCCAGCUCGACAAAAUGAUCGCCAGCCAACGUUUGCAGAUGAAGAAAUCCAACGGCGUACGGAACACGCAUGCUGCCGUCUUUACCGAGCAACUGUACUUUUCACACACCUCACACAUGUGGACUUGGGAUUCUUGA